AUGACACCCACAAAACUCCCCUCUAAAACCACCAAAGCAACCCUUCCGGCCAAGAACCUUCAACUAAAACCCAAAACCACCCCUAAGCCAAAGGCCAAAACAUCUUCGAAAUCGAGGCAACGUCCAUCAUCCACGGCUGCCACUAAGCCUUACACCAAGCCUGCCCCACCACCAUUCAUUCCUAACAUAACCCCGAUGGGUGCAACGCAUGACCCACUUCCAGCCUACCUUAACAGCGCACCAUCACCAGUUAUGCGUCCACCUCCUCCACUUUCGAUCCAGCCCUUAGUCACCAUUUAUCCAAUCGAAUUAGACGCGUCGAGCCAAACACCUCAUUCGCCCAUCGUCAUAUCCUCCCCUGGGAUGCCUCAUACCCUAGUGGGCACCCCUCCAUUUACUCUACCCAUACCCCCCUCUGACAGUCCUGCGUCAGAGCGCAACCCUGAAGAGUUAGCAGAAUUGGCUCGACUGGACGAACAAGAAGUUUUUGGUGCAAUUUUGACGUCUCUCAAUUAA